UGUGAUAUUGUAGGGUUCACGGAUGUUGAUAUGUGAUCACUUAAAGCCGCCGGAUCCAUACAACCAAAUUGUUGAGUCACACUUAUGCGACACUGGAUUUUAUUAUGUUUUCCAGAUUGUAGUUAUCCAAUGUCAGUCAGCAAUGAUUAAUGCUCUGAUUGAGAGAUGACGGUCUGAGACUCACACAUUUUAUUUUCCGGUUGGUGAGUGUGCCGUGACCUUGGAGGAUGUGGCAAUAAUUCUCGGUCUGCUGACAAAUGGUCUUCCGGUUACAGGACCGACCAUGAGUAGUUUUGAGGCAUUGGAGGCCGAGUGCUUGCAUCAAUUUGGGGUUGUACCGAGGAAGACGGACUGUAGAAGAAGUUUUAUAAAAUUAACGUGGUUUAGAGGUUUGAAAGAUCGUAUAGUGUUGACUGAUGAUGUUCACAUUUAGAUAUAUGUAAAGUGUUACAUAAUGUUGUUAUUUGGGACAAUUCUGUUUGGAGAUAAGUCGGGUGCAUCGCUGCACUGGAAAUUUUUACUUUUGCUCCGUAACUUUGCUGGGAUCAUACAAUUUAGUUGGGGUUCGGCAUGCCUGGCACACUUGUAUAGAUCAUUGUGUAGGGUAACUCGUGUCGACUGCAAAGAGAUGGACGGUCCACUGACACUGUUGCUUACUUGGGCUUGGAUUCGGCUACCAUUUCUUGCGCCGAUUCCCGGCAACCCUCGAGGGUUUCCGAUUGCAAACAGGUGGCGUAACUGGGAUCGUGAAAACUAUGCCUACCGAUAUAAUUCGCUUGUGCACUACAGGAGGUUGUUAGAUGAUCUACAAGAAGAACAUUUUGUUUGGCAGGCUUCUGGCAUUGGAGGCAUUGACCCAGAUGUGAUUCCUUUAGACAUCCGUCAUAAUUCGGUUAUUUGGAGUGCCACGAUGCCGCUAAUAUCUUUUGAAUGCAUUGAGUGACAUGCAUCCGAUAGAGUCAGGAGGCAAUUUGGCUUGAGACAGGGUGUUCCUAAUCAAGAGCGGGAUCUAGGUGCAUCACACAGCGAAGUUCUAAUUGGGCCUAAGAAUCAAGAUUGGGCCGAUACCCACUCUUUUUGGGUGAUGCAGUGGACCAAUCGGUAUAGUCACAUUCUUGCUGAUGACUUGGUGCCUUUACAUUAUCCAUUUGAAAUUUACAUGCAUUGGUACCGAGAAGCAUUCGGUGCCCACUUGCAAUUGUCGAACCUUGUAUUUCAAGAGAAUCCAGAAGGUUCUCCACCACCACCGCCACCGGCACAAUAGGGGGGUUGAGUAUUUUGCACCAUAUAUUCCUGACACGCAUCCGUCUGAUUAUUUUUCAGCGUCAGUCCCGGUACAUCAACAGUAUUGGGGUAGUCCAUAGUUUGAGUCAGGGGAGCAAGCUUCAUUCAGUUAGCUGCUUGGUUUCAUGGCUCCGGGGCCGGGUCACUCACAUUCAGGUAAUUAUGUUGAUAUUCCCACCGACCAUCAAGUACAUCCGGGUGGUAUUAAUCCAGUUCGAAGGUCAUUGGAUUCGAGACCUCGGGUUCGCACUUCCUCUGAUAAUUCUAGAGCCAGAAUGUCUGUUGACUCGAGUAGGAGUGCUGAAGCGGCGGGAGGGAUUAUACAGAGUGAAAACCUAGACGUAUUCCGAUGAGUCUGAUUCAAGAGAGUAAUAAGGCAGUUGAUGAUGAGACUGAUGACUACCUAGUAGACCAUCCAGAGGAUGAGGAUGAUGACAACGACGAUGCUGUCGAUGAUGAGCCGGCCGCUCAAAAUGAUGAAGACUGCGACGAUGAUCCAGCACCUAGUGCAGGUACAACCACAAGUGAAAAAGGUAAAAGUUACAAUCUUAGAGCUGAUCCUCCAUGUCGGAGUGCGAAUCGGUAUACCCCUAUCCGCUUUUAACAGGAUUGCCAAGAAGUGCAAAAAGUUAUGCAAAGAUGUGAAGUGAGCAGCGAGGAAAUAAAGUGUUUGAUGUUGUUAUUUAAGUUGUAUGGAUUGAUUGUGUUAACUAAGUUGUUGUAACUAUUUUGUAAUGGACUAUGUUAAUUAAGUUGUAUGGAU